GCUUUUCAUGGUUCUGAAGCGAUAGUCCACCGAACUUAGGUGAGGCAUUUUGAUAUCAUGUACUUAGUACCACGGGAAGAAUCGUAAGUCUCUGAUUUAUAGCUGACCCCACCAUUUUGUCAAUCGUACUGCAAAUUUAACGGUGGAGAUACCCUGUUUUUGGAUCAAUCGCUGUACAUUUUUGGGAUAAAUAUGAUUGAAAGAAACUGAGGAAUGGGCAGAGAGUUUGAAGAGAUUAGGGUGUGUGUGAGAUUGUGCCACCACCACCCAUUAAAGAUGGGGUAUUUUUGGCUGCUCGAUUAGGAAGAGGGCACCCUACGCCACCCACUUUAUAUUUCACCAAACCUUUUGCAGUUUUUUAUUUCUCUUAUAUGGUUUUUUAAUGUUAUUUUCUUUUGAUUUUAUUAUUAUUAUUUUGUUGGUAUAUGAUGUAAAAUAACCUACACAUAUAUAAAGGUUCAAGCUUUUUCUCUCCUCUUGAUAUCUUCAGACUGAUCCACAAAUGCUCCUUUAGGCUGUCGGAUUUGUUUCUUUGAAGAACUAAAUUUGAACGGCCAACAAAAAAACCCAUAUCUAUAUUUUAGAGUAGCAAGAUGAGGGGAGGUUUGUGGCAACUGGGCCAAUCAAUUACCCGCCGUCUUGCACAGACUGAUAAGAAGGCUGUGGGACGUCGAUUCUUCUCUGCAGAGUCUGAGCUCAAAAAAACUGUUCUAUAUGAUUUCCAUGUUACUCAUGGUGGAAAGAUGGUUCCAUUUGCUGGAUGGAGUAUGCCUAUCCAGUACAAGGAUUCAAUAAUGGAUUCGACUGUAAACUGCAGGCAGAAUGGUGGACUGUUUGAUGUCUCCCAUAUGUGUGGACUGAGCCUUAAGGGGAAGGAUUCUAUCGCUUUCCUCGAGAAACUUGUUGUUGCUGAUGUUGCUGGGCUUGCUCCUGGAACUGGAACACUUACUGUCUUUACCAAUGAAAAGGGUGGAGCCAUUGAUGACUCAGUAAUCACCAAGGUGACGGAUGACCACAUAUACUUGGUUGUGAAUGCAGGCUGCAGAGACAAGGACUUAGCUCACAUUGAAGAGCAUAUGAAAGCCUUCAAGGCCAAAGGGGGAGAUGUCUCAUGGCAUAUCCAUGAUGAGAGAUCUCUUCUAGCACUGCAGGGCCCUCUAGCUGCACCAGUUCUUCAAUACUUGACCAAAGAUGAUCUGAGCAAACUUUACUUUGGCGAGUUCCGCAUAUUGGAUAUCAACGGAGCCCGUUGCUUUCUCACCAGGACAGGGUACACAGGUGAAGAUGGAUUUGAAAUUUCAGUGCCUUCAGAGAAUGCACUAGAUCUUGCCAAAGCAAUCCUAGAGAAAUCAGAAGGGAAGGUUCGAUUGACAGGACUAGGUGCUAGAGACAGUCUUCGACUUGAGGCUGGCCUGUGUUUAUAUGGAAACGACAUGGAACAACAUACAACUCCAGUUGAGGCGGGAUUAACAUGGGCCAUAGGAAAAAGGAGGAGAGCAGAAGGCGGUUUUCUCGGUGCCGAGGUGAUCCUGAAGCAACUCGAAGAGGGUCCAGCCAUAAGGCGUGUCGGAUUCUUCUCUUCAGGCCCCCCUGCAAGAAGCCACAGUGAGAUUCAGAAUGAGGACGGAAAAAACAUUGGAGAAGUCACCAGUGGAGGAUUUAGCCCUUGUCUCAAGAAGAACAUUGCCAUGGGCUAUGUGAAAUCUGGAACUCACAAGGCUGGCACCAAAGUUAAGAUAAUUGUCAGAGGAAAGGCUUACGAUGGUGUUGUCACUAAAAUGCCAUUCGUUCCAACAAAAUAUUACAAGCCAACAUAAUUCAUGUCUACUUAUGUUGUCAUGUCCUGUCAAGAUUUUUCUGAUCUGAAACCCUUCUCUUCUGACCAAAUUCUGUAUUUCCAAAAUGUCAGAAAUGUUGGGGUAUUUUGUUUUCAAACUGCACUAAUCAGAACUUGUUGGUCAUAAAAAUGUAAUCUUGCAUUGCAACCAUUUGCAUUUCAGCAACAGCAGAACAUUCUGCACUUCUGUUUAUAAAUUA